GACUCGGGGGCAUUUAAUUUCUCCUUUCUUUGGGAGGCUGUCAUAGCCGGCAGAGUGGUUGAUGAUACCGUCUACUAUCGCGCUGGAGAAGAGACAAUGAGCUACAUACGAAAACGCACCGAAAGCGAAGAUGCGACGGUGAACGACCUUGCUCUACCUGUCGGGAAUCGGCAGCUGAGUGUCGUUACAAAGAGCUUCCAGUUGAACGUUGCCGAACGCCUCGGCCGUAUAGAGCUUCUGCUACAGGAGCACAGCGAGCGCCUGAAUGAGCUUGCCCAGGGCGGCGGGACCACCGCGUCUAGCCCUUUUCAGCCAAACUUGUUCUCACUGCCGGCAUCCUACUCUUACCAACUUCAACGUCAGCAACAAGAGCAGUUAGAGCAGUCACCACAACUAGGAGGGAUUCAGAGCCGUCAUGACCCGGGAUCCGUCAAUCUUGACCCCCGCCUGGAUCAUCAUCAGUUUCUCAUCCCCACUGACCAUUUCACCUCGGCGAGUUCUCUCUUUGCAUUACCUCGCAUCCGAAACAUGCUCGGUGAAUACCCCAGGAGUCUUUUCCAUGACAUCGAAGACAGCUUGCCCUUGCCAGAGCCUUUGGAUUUAUUUCAGAGCACAAAGCUUGACUGGCCCUCACUAGAUAAUGCUGCCUUUGAGUCUUUGUCGGCCAACUACUUUGCACGAGUACAUUCAACAUACCCAUUGUUUCCGGAACACGACUUCAUACGGUGGCGAACAGACAUUUAUGACAACGGUCCGGCCGAAACUCCGGAGACGGCAAUAUGCCUCUGUGUGUGGGCGCUUGGCGCUAUCGCCCCCGGCGACGAACAAGUUCCGCUGCCUUUUCAUGUCCAGGCGGAAAAGGAUCAGCUCGCUAUGAGCCUGUUCCAACCUGCGCUCCGUCUUCUACUGAAAUGGACCGUCUGGGGCUUCCAGCCGAGUCUGCCUAUUUGUCAGGCGCUCGUCCUCGCAGCCUCCUUCUUUGCACAUCUCGGCAGGCCUCUUCAUAGCUGGAGGAUGGCCUAUUUCGCAUCUCAUAACUUUAUCUUUCUUUACGAAAAGCAGAGAAAAGCAAACGGUCACUUGCAAGCUCCAAACGACGACUACCUGCGUGUUCUGUGGUCUUGUUUCAUGAUUGAAUGUGAUCGAGCAGCCGAGCUAGAACUUCCCCGAACCGGGAUCGAACCUAUGGCUGACCGACUUUCGGAUCAAAUGCCCCUGCCACGGAGCUUGAACCCUCUAGAGCACGAAGAACUAAUAUACUUCGCAGCAGAGACUGCUGCCAGGAGAUUGCUGAAUCGGGUUCACAGCUCCUUGUACUCGUCAGAGCACUCAGGUCUGAUAUCAUUUUCUGAUAUGAACCCGGCUACAGGAAGCCUAAGUCUUGUGAAACUUGUCAAUGUCAGUUCGGAGCUACACCGUCAGUUGGAAGAGUGGUAUUUGUCGAUCCCAGAGAGCCUGCGGCCACCCUUGGGUACCGAACCGUGCCCAAACGACCGUGCCCGGGUGCUGCGGUUGCGUUUCUAUGCAGCUCGUCAUAUCAUCCACCGGCCUUUUGUGCUCUACGCGGCACUGAUGCAGCAGCAAGCAAGGAGCUUGGCACCAUCCUCGGUUGGCUCUAGCCCAGUGUCACCUCACCUGUCUGUCAGUACGCCAGCAUCGUCUAGCGCUGUGCCAGCCGGCUCUGUUCAACCCCUUACCUCGAUCCCGCAGAUUGUUUUGGACAAGAGCGAGAUUUGCAUCAAGACAUGCUCUACAUACCUUCGCAAUUCAACCGAGAUGCUUGACAAGCGGUCUCCUUAUCUAUGGACCUUUUCGCAGACCUCUAUGGCAAAUCUGCUGGUUCUAGUCACUUGUGAUUCCAUCCCCCAGCUUCAAAGGUUCACAACGGAUGUGAAGGAGCUGAAAGAGUUGCUGGUAUCAAAACUGCGGCUGUGGGCCACACCAGGGUCAAGUUUUGAGGCUGAAAUGCGUAUACUGGAACGAAUUACAACAAGGGACUGACUUUGGUCAAGAGCACAUGUUGUACCUCUGUCAACUAGGGACUUGUUUUAAGAGGGUGGCGAGGAGGCUUUGUCGAUGUUUUUAUUUUUUUUUUGAUAGGUUCCCAUUUGUCCCAAGGUUGUCUAUCAAAUGACCCAGCUUUGCUACUUUAAAAUUGACUCCCAUCGUCACACAUCUAUUUCACAUCGCCAGAAGUCUUGCUGCCCUUACUAAACAGCCUUCUAAAUCCAAUGCUGGUGGCUUUUGUAGCAUUCGGCUUUGAGGCGCCAUGUUGUGGCGGUAUUGCUGGCAUGGGUUGCGUACCAUUGUCAGACUGGCCUUUGGUGUGCUGGGAGGAUGCAUCAUCGACCGCAUAGCCACAGUCGUCACCGUCGCCCUCCUCAUCAAGAAACAACCCUCCAAGGCGCUGCCGUAGCUUUUGCCUCUCACGCUCGCGAUGCUCAUCCUCAACCGGCGGGUCAUCAUCCACUUGUUCGCCUUGCAGGGCACCACCACCACCACCACCACUACCGCCACCCUCCCACCCGCGCUCCUCG